AUGGCUUCAUUUCCUGUCUUGAAGCAAGAGACGUUGUUCCAGAAUGGUAGCUGGAGCUAUCGAAUUCCAGCCCUGCUCUACCUGCCGCGUUUCAGCAUCAUCCUGGCAUUUGCUGAGGAACGAGAGGAUGUGGUGGAUGAACAUGCCAAGCUAAUAGCGAUGCGCAGAGGCGUGUAUGACCCAACCACGCACCAUGUUCAGUGGAAUAGCAUGAAGACCAUUGUCAGUGCGCAGCUGAAAGACCACCGAUCUAUGAACCCCUGUCCUGUUUAUGAUGAGGUCUCAGGGAAGCUGAUCUUGUUCUUCAUAGCCGUCCCAGGAAAGAUCUCUGAGCAGCAUCAGCUCAGAACAAAGAUCAACCUGGUACGUCUCUGCUAUGUCACUAGCAUGGACCAAGGACGCACCUGGAGCACUGCCCAGGAUGUCACCGAUGAUGCCAUUAGCACUGAGUACAAGAACUGGGCCACUUUUGCAGUGGGGCCUGGUCAUGGAUUACAGUUGCUCAACGAGGCCCGGAGCCUUGUGAUUCCUGCCUAUGCCUAUCGUAUCUUGGACCCUAAGCAACACCCCACCCCUCAUGCCUUCUGCUUCAUCAGCUCUGACCACGGGACAACGUGGGAGAUGGGGAACUUCGUGGGGGAGGAGAGUGCAGUGGAGUGCCAGGUAGCAGAGGUGCACACCUGUGGCAGGAAGGUCCUCUACUGCAAUGCAAGGAGCGGCAGGGGAGCCAGAAUCCAGGCUGUCAGCUACAACCACGGGGUGGACUUUGAGGGAGGCCAGCGGGUUGAAAUGCUAGUAGAACCUCCCUCUGGAUGUCAUGGAAGUGUUACUGCCUUCCCACCUCCCCCUGAUGCCAGAUGCCAAGAUAGUUGGUUGCUCUACACUCAUCCUACAGACCCAAAGGGUCGAAGAGAUUUAGGAGUUUACCUCAACAAAAGCCCUUUAAAUCCAGCACACUGGACAAAACCAAGCAUCCUCUUCAAGGGCCUGUGUGCUUAUUCGGAUCUGCAGUACAUGGGUGUUGGGCCAGAUGGCUCACCCUUGUUCUCAUGCCUCUUUGAAUAUGGGACCCACCAACAAUGUGAAGAGAUAAUCUUUGUAAUGUUCACUUUGAAGCAAGCCUUUCCAUCAGAGUGCUGA